CCGCGCGCGCACGCAGCAUGUUUGAUCCUCGCCUCUGUCUGUACAUCGCGGCUGCAUCUCAAGGACAGAGUGUUUUCUGUCUCUGUUCACGGAGAGCUAACGACGUGUCACCGCUGCUGCGAUGGCUGUAGAGCUGCACUGAAAAACGUCCUGCUCAUCUUCGCUGAGAGGAGGUCAGUGAUGACAUCACUCGGAUAUCGUCUAACUGAUCCAAAUUCCUAACUGCAUCACCAUGGCAACGGGAAGAAAAGACUCCACCUCCAAGGCGGGCGGGGUGCGUUUCCCUGAUGACGAUGAGCCCCCCGGCUCCCCAACACGGAGAGAUGACCACUCAAACCUCUCUUCUCUCACUGCUGUCCUCGAGAAGGAUGGCAGCUACUUGGUCAAGGCUGGUUUCCUGAAGAGCCAUCACUGUUAUGAGAUCGUCUUCACUGUCCCCGAUGUCCCCACAGUGGGAAAAGAGCUCUCCUGUCUUCCUUCCUGCUCUCCAUCUCGGAAACCUGCCAGCCUCCGGAUUCACCGUAUAAACUCGACAUUAGAAGGAGUGAAAGUCCAGUGUGAGUACAGGGCUCACCAGGAGGGGGUGCUGCAGGAGGAGAUCACCCUGGUUACCAAAGGGAGGAAGGACAGCAGUCUGAAGGUCAGAUUCCAGGCCAAGGUCAUUGACCCACAUCAUGGGACUCCCGUGAUGCUGGAGGGGGUGAGGUGCCUGGGUACAAUGAAAGACGCUCUCACAAAGCAAAGCAGCGAGCGUAAGAGGAUAUGAUGCAACGAUACACACUUAUAAUAAUGUACAUACAUGAAUAUAUUUACUGCAUAUCUGAGACAGUGUUAUUCAGGGCAGCGCGGGGCAGCAAAGACCAAGGAAAGUGAAACCUCUUUGAUCAGGGAAUAAGGGUUCUGUGGUGCUUUAUUAUGCUAUUGUGGUAUUUGAACACAUUUGUUAGAAAUUAAUGAAUAUAAUACUGUGUUUUUCAACAACAAAAUUCCUGAGAGAGAAAACUUAAACACCACCAGCUGUCCAAUCAACACAACCAUGACGCCUCUGUUGGUGGAGGUUUAGUGAACCAGCACACACAAACAGAGAAACACACAAACUGUCAAAUCAAAAUCAUGAUCUGCACCACAAAUAAGUCAUAACCUCUAUAACACAGAUUUUAUCUGUACAGCUGCACAACCAAGGAAUGCUUUGUCUCACGCUGUCCCCUCUAUACUUCUGACCUUCAGGAGCACUUUCCCAAACACUGUACAGCAAUUUAUUUUCUGAUAUACAUUGAGCACACUGUAGACUUGAGCUGUUGAAAUCACAUAGUAUUCAAAAAGCAUGCUAAUAUUCACAUAUCUUAAAACAAACAUGUCACCAAAAACACUUCAGUGUGUGAAUGUUUGACUGAUGAGAAAAAAUAAGUUCUCUCUGGUUUGUGCUGCUUAUUUUUUUAAGAUGAGAUCUUACUCGAUGUUAAUCUACCUUUAUGUAGCCUGUUUCCUGUUUUAUGACAGCUUGUAUCAGCAGUUUGAAUGUACCGUAUGCUGACAGAGAUUGGGGAGUUUUCCCUCCUGUACUUGCAUGAUGUUUUCUUUUUGUAAUUAAUCAACUGUCCAAUUCAGAUCAGGUGUGUGUUAAAUUAAAAGAUGAAUGUGCGACUUUUUUAUCCGGUAGAUGUCGCUCUUGAGCAUCAGCAUGAAACCAAACAACAACUCUGCCGGACUGAAACCUCCGCUCUCCCCCAGCGGCAGACCUCCAGCCCCCCUCCACUCGUGUAAUAAAUAGUCCUUGGCUCGAGCUGCAAUCACCUGUGGCCUGCAUUGUUGAGUUAGCAGGCUAAUGUUAGCACUCUUUAGUUAGCUCAUAGAUUCACAUUGCACAUACAUUUACACGGAAUUAGCGUGAUCUAAAAACGCCUAUGUGACAUCCAAAUAAUCAGUGAGUAUGUUCUUCUUCUUCUCUCAAGUCCUUGACUAAAACAGUUUUUAUACACAAGGGAAGGAGCCGGCCUUUCCGUCCAUGUAAACACGGCUCCGACAACAGUUCAGCUGGAGGGACUCGAGCAUCUCACUCACUGUAGACAGUCAUGACUCAGAGAGACAUUUACAGAGGUAAUACUUGAUUUCUGCUUUAUUAAUAUGUCGCACAUUCUUCCUUUAAGUUCAUGCUGCAACAGAGUAAAGUGUAAAGUGUUUGUUACUGAACUGUAUUAAUAACAUUUGAACUUCAGGAAAAAAGGAAGACGUAGCCAAAAGUGUAAAUUACUGAUCACAACUAUUUUUUUUUAUUUGUUUAUUUAGCAAUUUACAUAUUAAAGAAAAUGUGAGUUGGUUGGAAAAUGUGUUAAUUGAGUCUCAAGCCGUUUUCACAUAUGCACAUAAUAUUAUGAGAAUGUUGGGAGAACCUCCCCUGAAAUCCUCCUGAUCGGGUUGUUCACACAUACACCUCGCAGCAGGAGACGUGUACCUGUUGGAAAGGACUGGGGGGCAGGGGGUGUCUAUUCAAGACAUGGUAUUAAAAGAACGAUGCAGAAGUGGCAAACGAAGAAACAGAAUCCGCUAUAAGGCGCUUUAAUGAGAAUAUUUG